AUGCCUUUCACACGCCGUCUUUCCCAAUUCUUUUCCUCAUCACCUUCGUUGCCGCUGCCUGAGAAAGACAUGCAUACUGUUGAUAUCGAUUCUUCUAAGCCUAUUUCUUUACCACCUUCUAUAUCGGAAGAAGUCAUUAUUACGAGCACGAUUACUGAGGAAAACGAGGACAACAAGGAGUCAAGUCAUGUAUCCGUUGAGCAGUUGCCCCAAUCAACCAAAAGACCUCGACGAAAAACGAUAAGAAAAAUCUUCCGUAGAUUCUCUUUUCAGUCACCUCCUAAAGACUCUACACCUGCAUCUCGUAACUUAUCGCAAGUCCACCAUGUCUUUAUGGUGGAAACCCCACCGAAUUUACCCGCUCUCACAACCACAACUGAUGUCCCACCUCUCGACAUCCAUGAACCAAUAGAUUACACCAGAAUUCAAAUCUCCUCCCUUCCUUUUCCUUUCCCAGAACUUGCAUCGCCUCUUCGAAGAUCUCUCAAUGCCGACCAAAAACUCAAUUGCUCCGAUUCCGGUUACUUUUCUCUAGCCUGUACCUCUUCAUCCUCCCUAUCGCCUGCCCUUCCAUCACUAACUUUACAUCUCAUCCGCCGCAUCAAUAAAGCUAUACUCUUACUCGAAUAUCAAGAAUUGUUGACUACCCGUUUCUCAACAAACUUGGCCUUCUUAUUUGGUAAGAAAGAAAUGGCAAUAUGGCGGACAAGAAAGUUGAGUGAUGAUACUAAGGAGUUAAUAAUUAUUACAUUGACAAAGUUGAGGGAAUUGGUUGGGAAAACAAUGGUUCACAAGAUGGGAUUGGUGAGGAGGAGCAGAAGUGUAUUGGGGGAGGCUGUGGAAGCUAUUAUCUCAAGUCGAAGACGGGAUUCUGGUGUGGAGACAGAGACACCAACUGCGGAAACCCCUUCGGAAACCCAUUCGGAAACCGCUUUGGAAACCCCCUCCGAAACAAGCGAGCCAGCCCUCAGCCCUGAAAUUAUUGGAACUUCGAGAACACAGACGAAAUUGGAAGUCCAGGCUAAAAUGAGAGAAGCUUUACAAAUUCUCAGAGAUGAUAUUGCAAUGCAAAGGAGGUUAGAUGAAGUUCUCAGAGCGGGGAUCGUAGGAAGUUGUGGGGAUGAAAGAUUAAUGAUGGGGUUGCCGAGUAGAAGUGAGAGACUUUGUCUAAGGAGAUUUGUGGGAUUUGUGGAGGGAAGAGUGACCGAACUCGGUGGUGCUUAUGUGAGGGUUGAGAAGGCUGUUGGCGGACUAGAAAGAUCGGGAUACGAAAAAGUGGUGAUCAAAUAA